AUGGACGGCGCAUGUGAUGGCCCCGAUGAACCUGCUUCCACCCCAAUCGGUCGGACCUCCAGUGUCAUCGAUUUCAAGGAACAACCACCCCCGCCAUCUGUAGUGCACUUCUUGUCUGACGACCAUUUGAACUGGAGAGAAAGAGAACCCGCUACUUUUGUCAAUCCGUUCACUCCCGAAGAAUCCUCGUCCAGAAAGACCUCCACCUCUUCUGAUGCCACAGCAUACCUCCGCCCAAAUGCUUUUGCCGGUCACCGAGACACGCUGGCAAGACUUCAUUUCAACACCAGGUACAAUGACGACGACGAUUCUGCAGACAGUGACACCGACUCCUUCGCGACUGCUCUUACCCGUCAGCCGUCGGUGUCUAGGACAUAUAGAAAAGCCAGCCAAGCGGGGUCGAAUCUGGACCUCUUUUAUCCCCAGAGGGUUGUCGAUACGGUGCUCCAGCAUCUAACGUUUGACGAAUACAAGACUAUGCGACUAGUCUGCCGCCAUUGGCAUGCGCAUCUUCCUCAACCCAAAUUCCCCGGAGCGUAUCUGCUUCCGCGAGAAAUACUCAAGGAAGUCUUUUCCUACUUAGAUCCCUCUAGCUUUGACGCAGCCCGCCAUACGUGUAAAGCCUGGUUCUUAGUCAGCUUAGAUCGCAAACUCCUGGAAGCUAUGCUUAGGGCAAGCGGCUGUCGAGCUGCGUUGGCCACAGAUCUCGAGCGAAUGCGUGGGUCGAUUGAGGGGAAGAGACGAAGCUGGGACAGUUGCCUUGGCCCAAUGCAGACCGACGCCGAAGAUAUCAUCGACAAAGAAUGGCUAUGUUCCAAAAGAUUGGCCACCGAAAGUCGUCUCUCGCCUGACUGGCGAGGCUUUCUCCUGCCCAGUGAUUCCUCCCCACAGUCUAGACUGUCAGUCAUCGAGGAGGUCGACUUCUCCAGGAUCCUCACCUCACACGCCCCACGGAAAACGCCCAGGUUCACGGUGUCAGCGUGUGGCAGUUUUGUCCUAGUGGUUUCGGGAGGCGACAUAUCCGUCUAUAGCCUGUGUGAUCCAGAGCAGCCGCUUGCCCCCGUGGUCAGGCUGGCCACCGGUAUUGAAGUGUUGAAGGUCAGCAUGGAUACUACCUUCGGACGAUACUCCAUUGCUGCUCUUCUGUCAGGCCGCAUCGGCAUGCUGUGGGAUCUACGUGGCAGCCAUAUCCUGACCAGAUAUCGGAAUAGUUCCGGCGAGACAAUGAGCUUGAGAGUGCAAAAGGAUAUUCACGGUCCAACCAACUUAAACCCGUCAACGCUGGCUAGUGUCAACUUGCCCUUCAAUUCACAUGAAACGCAUGCUGUCGAGGAGAUGGAAGGGUUGUACGGAAUGGAUGACUCGGACCAAGUCCAAGAUCUUUUGGGAAUCCCGAUCGAAACUCGGGCAACAGCCAUUUACACUGACCUCGGAGGAACUAAUGACCCACCGAAGAGCGUGGCGAUUUGCCCCAAUCGAAAGUGCGUUGCGUUUGGAUGUCGAAUGGGCAUCGAACUUCACUGGGUCGACGCUGUUACGGGGGAGCAUCUCAACCGUUGGUUUCCACUUGCAGCGCCGAGCAACUAUCUCUAUUUCCUUCCUCCACGACGUGGUGUGGACUCGAGAAAGAAGCUCAGAUUGAUAUCAAGUGCCGCAGGACCUGUCAUCACUCGGCUGCUAAGAAGUGACAGCACACCAGCCAAGUCGAAGCACUGGCCUACCCCUCCCAACCUUGGACGACGACAAAGCCUGACAAGAUUGUUCUUUGGAAGCCUCCCAUUUCCGAGGUCGGCCGGUGGCUCAGAGGACUUAUCUGGUUCAUCCACCCCGCAACGAGCGGAUGAAGGCCGAGGGGUUUUGCGGACGGUGGAUUGUGAUCACUUUUAUGCGAUCCCCGUCAGCGACGGCCUCCACCUUCUUUUCACGGAUCCGGAUAGUGGCUUAGUCUGCUUGGGUAGCGACGCCCCUUUGGGAGGUCCAACGAAACUUGAUCGGAAGAUCAUGUUCAUUCCUCCCGGACAGCACGAUCGAACGCCUGCCCCACGCUGCUAUGCAUUUGGCAAAGCCCUGGAGUGGGGUCUGAGGCUCGUCGUUGCCUACGACACCGAUCAGGUCGUGCUCUACAAUAUUCCCUCUGACGUGUUUGAACGGCUGCAAGACCAGAGAAGCCCGACUGACGUCUGGGACGAGAAUUCUGGUGUUGUUGGGCAAAGUGAUCUGAUCAUGGACUCUUUGAUGAAUCGCGACGAGAGCCGGGAUCGAGAAGCCCCAGAAGGCGACGACAGCCCUGCUCGCGAGCCAAUGCGGCUUGAUGGCUCUGUCAUUGCUGAUGUUGGUGACCAGGUUGUGGACGACAUUGCGGUCCAAAGUGAAAACGGUGGCCUUUCUGUUUGGCUCUUCUACAGAGAUGGAUUGGCUGAACUCUAUAGCAUCUAUGCGCCGCAUCCCCGCCAAGUCCAAAGAAGGUUCGUGGGAGAGAAUGGUUUGAUCUGGAACUCUGACAACCAGAUUCCUGUCGAGGUCAAGACCGAUACCCUGGAGUCAAAGGGCAAAGAGAGAGCGAAUCAGGAAUCCAAGCACGUCAAAUGGGCCGGCCAGGGAAAUCAGUGA